GUUUUUAUUAGAUUUAUUAUCAGAUUUCUGCAAAGCUUGUCGUGCACGAGCUAUCGAAGGUUUCCUUGCUCUGUAUGACGAAAAACUCGUAGGAAAUGGUUUCCAUGGAUUUUGGCUCAAAACAAAAUCAUUUUCUUCAGCUAUCGGUGCGGUCAGUAUCGAGAUUCGAAGCAUUGGAAUUUUGGAUUAUUUCACAGUCUAAUUUGAAAAAAACUAUCUGAAACAAACCAAAAAAAUUGAAUGUAAUAGAAAACCAAAACACAACAACAGCAACAACAACAAAAAAAACUAUUUGAGUAGGAGUUUUCAUCGAGCGAGAGAAAACCGCGGGUGAGACGCGAUGGCUUCAUGGCUUCACCCCGAAAAGAAAAGUCACCAAAAUCAAGUUCCGCCUCUGCAGAAAAAAUCAAGGAUACCAGUCAGAAUGACUCGCCUGAGCAGAGAGAGUGACAGAGGAUCUUUGUCAGAGAACGAAGCCGCUAACAAAGCGCGGCUACAGAGAAUUUCAGUUAGCAAACUUCAAAACAAGCGGCCAUCGCGUAUUCCGAUUGUAGUGGAUGAGAGGAAGAACAACGUUAACACUAAAGGCAAUCUAACCAAGAAUGUCAAAACAACUCGAGGAGAAAUGCCUCUUGGAAAAAAUUCAGUCACAGGUAUUAACCUUCAAGAAACUCAAGAAAAACAGGGCAAGAAGAGAGCGAUCUCCAUUAUUUCAACUACGGCUAAAUAUGGCAGUUAUAGGCGCGUUAAGAAAACGACGCCAAACGUUAGGCGACGUGUACCACGACAACUUACACCCAUAGAAACAGAGCCGAAACAGGUCUGUAACGAUGAGAAAGAACCACGUGAAGAAGGCUCGGCUAAUGAGGUAUCAUCCUCAGCCAGAACUGUAGAAGUAACGCCAGACUUUGAGUGUAACGUUGCACCUGUGCGCGAGGAAGAGCUCCAUAUGGGAACUGAAGCAGAUUUCAGUGACAGUGGGUUUGGCUACGACUUUGAGAGUCAGUCAAAAUCUUCAGACAAGAAGGCAAUUCCCAAUGUGGGAAUUUCAUAUCUGAGGCCAGUGGGGUAG